UUAACUUUUCCCCUUCCGUUCCUUCCCCGAUUGGAUUCUUUUCUUUUGCCUUCUUCCUCGUCUCGACGCCGCCACAUCUGCGAUCCAAAGGGAGCGCCGUUUCCUUCUUGAUCUUCUUUGAUUCAUUUCUUAGACGGAUUGUACGCUUACCUGAUUGGUUUCUGUCCUUGCAUUGGUUCCUGGAAAGAUGAUGUCGAGAUCGUAUGCGAACCUUCUGGAUCUGGCGUCCGGGAACUUCGCGGCGUUGGGGAUGGGCGGGGAGCGGGCGGCGCGGCGGAUGCCGCGGGUGAUGACGGUGCCGGGGACGCUGGCGGACCUGCAGGAGGAGGAGGAUCGGGCCAGCAGCGUGGCGUCGGACGUGCAGUCGUCGCCGGCGCAGGAGCGGAUCAUCAUCGUGGCGAACCAGUUGCCGAUACGCGCCCGGCGGCGGCCGGAUGGGCGCGGGUGGUCCUUCGGGUGGGAUGAUGACUCGCUGCUGCUCCAGCUCAAGGACGGGCUGCCGGAGGACAUGGAGGUGCUCUAUGUCGGCUCGCUGAGGGUCGAUGUGGAGGCGCACGAGCAGGAAGACGUCGCGCAGACGCUGCUUGAGCGGUUCAAGUGCGUGCCUGCGUUCCUGCCGCCGGAUCUCCAUGACCGGUUCUACCAAGGCUUCUGCAAGGCCAACAUCUGGCCGCUUUUCCACUACAUGCUCCCCUUCUCCGCCGACCACGGCGGCGCCGGUGGCCGCCGGUUUGACCGUGGUCUUUGGCAGGCCUACGUGCUGGCCAAUAAGUACUUCUUCCAGAAGAUCAUCGAGGUGAUCAACCCCGAGGAUGACUACGUGUGGAUCCAUGACUAUCAUCUGAUGGCUCUCCCCAACUUCCUCCGCCGCCGGUUCAAUCGCCUCCGCAUGGGCUUCUUUCUCCACACCCCCUUCCCCUCUUCCGAGAUCUACCGCACCUUCCCUGUACGCGAGGAGAUACUCAAAGCACUCCUCAACUGCGACCUCAUUGGCUUCCACACAUUUGACUACGCCCGCCACUUCCUCUCCUGCUGCAGUCGCAUGCUCGGCCUCGAGUACCAGUCCAAGCGCGGUUACAUCGGCCUUGAAUACUUUGGCCGCACUGUAGGCAUCAAGAUCAUGCCCGUUGGCAUCCACAUGGGUCAGCUCCACUCUGUUCUUCGCCUCCCCGACCUUGAGUGGCGGGUCAACGAGCUCCACCAGCAGUUUCAAGGUAAGACCAUCCUCCUUGGCAUCGACGACAUGGACAUCUUCAAGGGGAUCAACCUCAAGCUUCUCGCUUUUGAGCACAUGCUUAAGGUCCAUCCCAAAUGGCAGGGUCAGGCUAUCCUAAUCCAGAUAGCCAAUCCAGCUAGGGGCCAUGGAAGGGACCUCAAUGAGAUCGAAGGUGAAAUUAAGGAGAGCCGUGACAGAAUCAAUAGUGCCUUCAGCAGUGACGGUUACACCCCAGUCAUCUUCAUCGACCGCACUGUGUCCGUCGUUGAACGGAUUGCUUACUACACUAUUGCAGAAUGUGUUGUGGUUACAGCCGUCAGGGACGGGAUGAACCUCAUACCGUAUGAGUAUAUUGUAUGCAAGCAGGGGAUACCCAAGGGUGAUGCUGUCAAGCUUGAUAGCCCAAAGAAGAGUAUGCUGGUGGUCUCGGAGUUCAUUGGUUGUUCGCCUUCACUGAGCGGUGCCAUUCGUGUGAAUCCGUGGAACAUAGAGACUACAGGUGAAGCAAUGAAUGAAGCCAUAUCUAUCUCUGAUGGGGAGAAGCAACUGAGGCAUGAGAAGCAUUAUCGAUAUGUCAGCACACAUGAUGUUGCCUAUUGGUCAAGAAGUUUCAUGCAAGAUUUGGAGAGGUCUUGCAAGGACCAUUUCAAGAGAAAUUGUUGGGGAACCGGCUUAGGAUUUGGAUUCCUAGUGGUGGCACUCGAUCCUAAUUUUAGGAAGCUUCAUAUUGAUGGGAUUGUCUCUGCAUAUGAGAAGGCGGAGAGUAGGGCAAUCUUGCUGGAUUAUGAUGGAACAUUGGUUCCACAGACGUCUCUCAACAAAAAACCCACCGCAGAGGUUAUCAGGAUCAUUAAAACUCUAUGUGCAGACAAGAAAAAUGUUGUGUUUAUUGUUAGCGGGAGAGGGCGUGAAGGUUUGGAGGAGUGGUUUAUGCCUUGUGAAAAUCUCGGACUUGCAGCAGAACAUGGUUAUUUCAUUAGGUGGAAGAGAGACCAAGAAUGGGAAACCUGCCACCAGAGCACUGAUUUUGAAUGGAUGCAAAUUGUUGAACCAGUUAUGAAAUUAUAUACUGAGUCCACGGAUGGGUCUUAUAUAGAAACUAAAAAGAGUGCCUUAGUUUGGCAUCAUCAAGAUGCAGACCCUGGCUUUGGCUCUACUCAGUCUAAGGAAAUGCUCGAUCAUCUCGAAAGUGUACUUGCAAAUGAACCAGUAUCAGUGAAGAGUGGUAAUUUCAUUGUGGAAGUUAAACCUCAGGGAGUCAGCAAAGGUCUAGUUGUGGAGAAGAUUUUAUCCUCAAUGAUGGAGAAUGGCAGACAAGCUGAUUUCGUGUUAUGCAUUGGCGACGAUAGGUCUGACGAGGACAUGUUUGAAGACGUCGCAAGCAUAGUAUCGAAGAAUCUAGUAGCUCGUCGCUCAUCGAUAUUCGGCUGCACUGUGGGGCAGAAGCCAAGCAAGGCGAGGUAUUAUCUGGACGACAUAACAGAUGUCAUACACAUGCUUGGAGCACUUGCAGAUGCCUCAGAGGACUCACCCUCCUUCCCUGAUGCUCCCGAUGUCUCUGACAAGCCUACACUGUCUCUCGAGUACUGAUCCAUUCGUAGGUCGAAACGUAAUGGAUGGAUCAUGGAUCAUCCGCUCUAACAGCAUGCUUUUGGUCAACCAACACCGAUGAUUCUUUGAUGGUUUCUCGACUCCGUUGUAGAUACUCCGAGCAAAGUUUCAGUCAUGAAGUAGAAUUGUCGAGGGAAGCCAUCUGCUUCUUCCUACAAAUUUUUUUGGUGGUUUAUAUCUUAUACAUCUUUAAGUAGUUUAAUGUCACUGAUAAAAGAAGAUUGUCUCUGCCAAAAAUCAAAUUUCUUUCAAUCUUUUACAUCAA